UUUCCCGUUGAAGCGACCGACGCUGACGUCACACUCCGCCCCCACCGACCGGCCAACUCCACCCCUCGCCUUGUAACUCAAGCGAGCCGUUUCAACUUCAUUUCUCAAGCCUCUCUCUCUCUCUGUGAAAGUGUCUCUCAUGGCGUUGGUUUCUGCUGCUUCGACUCCAGAGAGCAUCGACCUCCCGCGAUCCAUGGUGAUCGACGCCACUCCGCCUGAAUUCUCUUCUCCGGUGAUUCUUUCCGAUCCCUCGCCGUCGUCCCCGCACGGAUCGGGCGACGAUUCUUCUACUUCCUCUCCAAACCCUAGCGGCAGCGGUUAUAAUCAGUCUGAGGUUGCAAUUAGGAAUGAAGAGUAUCGCCAGUUGUUUCGUCUUCCAGCUGAAGAAGUCCUUGUCCAAGAUUUCAACUGUGCUUGUCAGGAGAGUAUACUUCUGCAGGGUCACAUGUACCUCUUUGUUCGUUAUAUCUGCUUUUACUCCAAUAUUUUUGGGUUCGAGACUAAGAAAGUAAUUCCUUUUGAGGAAGUAACUUGUGUUAAAAGAGCUAAGACGGCUGGAAUUUUUCCUAAUGCCAUAGAGAUAGUUGCUGGAGAAAAGAAGUACUUUUUUGCGUCAUUUCUAUCACGCGAUGAAGCUUUUAAGCUUAUUCAUGAUUUAUGGUUGGAUCAUGGUAAUGCUUCCAAAGCAAAAUGCGAGGUUCAAGUCGUGGAAGGACAGGAUUCAUUUUCUGAGACCAACGGCGAGGUAAAUGGAGUUACAGUUGAGAGGACCAUCAACUCCGAGGAAAUGGUUAAUGGUUUAGAUUCCUCCAUCAGGGAUGAGAAUAUUUGCAUUUCAAGAAAUUCUGGUCCCCCUGUUAUUAGUCACAAUGAUGUGCCGCGAUCUUCCAAUGCUGCACAGCAGCACACAGAACCAGUUGAUCAUAGUGUGCCUUCAUCUUCAACCAAUUCGUUGAACUGGAAGAUUGAGGACUUAGAUGCACCAAAGAUAUCAGCUGAUUUUACUAAGGUGGCAGAGACACAGUUCUUGGUCUCUGUAGAAGAGUUCUUUAGCUUGUUUUUUUCAGAUGACGCCGUUGAUUUUGUUGAAUCUUUCCAUAAAAACUGUGGUGACAAAGAGUUUAGGUGUACUUCAUGGCAAUCUCAUGAAAGGCUUGGGCACAGUCGCAGUGUGUCAUUUCAACAUCCUAUUAAAAUUUAUUUUGGUGCAAAGUUUGGUAGCUGCCACGAGACGCAAAAAUUUCGAGUUUACAGAAAUGGCCACCUGGUUAUUGAAACAUCACAAGAGAUUAACGAUGUGCCUUAUGGAGAUUAUUUUACUGUAGAGGGUCUCUGGGAUGUGCAAAGAGAAUGCAGAGGCUCAAAAGAGGGUUGUAUACUGCGUGUUUAUGUGAAUGUGGCCUUCACAAAAAGAACAGUGUGGAAAGGGAAAAUAGUGCAAUCUACUUUAGAAGAAUGUAAAGAAGCUUAUGCAACAUGGAUAAAAAUGGCACAUGGAGUGUUGAAGCAGAAGAACCUAGAAGAGCAAGGUACUGAAAUAAUAGGUGAUGGGAAGAGCAGCGUGAGUCAGAGCAGUGGACAGGUGUCUGUAGGAGAAGGGAGGAAAGAGGAGGAGACAGAGAGGAGACGGUCAGAAUCUGAUGAGCUGAGCACAGGCGUUGUUGUUGUAGAUGAGGGGAACAUGAUGAGAGGAUACGUGAACAGGGCGGGGUCUAUGGUGAGAGAAGCAUGGGUGAAUAUGACAUCAUUCAUGAACAGCCAAGGACGUAAGGCGCCUCAACUCUUGAUAAUUGCCUUUGCGGUGAUCUUACUGAUGCAGGUGACGAUAGUGGUGUUGCUGAAGAGGCCGCAACAGCAGAUACAGGUAGUGGCAUGGGAGAAGGGAGGAGGGGAGAUGAUGUGGUUGGAGAAGAGGGUGCAUUUCCUAAGGGAGGAAGUGCUGAUGAUGGAGGCUCGGCUCGAGAGGAUGCGGCAAGAUCACGCCUCCUUGAAAGCUCACCUCACAGACCUCGAGCAGCUCCUCCUCCGCCAAUCCUCCGACCAUCAUCCCUAAGCCCCCCUGUGGGAAAACUUGCCACAACACGUACGUAUGUAUACCCACGCACGCACCCUGGUUAUUUCGAAGCUGUAACUAUUUGCUCUCGGAGGAGAUGCAAGUUUUAUAGGUAAAAGGUAAAGCAUACUUAUCAUGUGGAGAAAUCAUGGGUAUGCCGCACCACGUUCGGAAAACGUGAAAAAUAGUUCGUACCCAGCGAUAAAAUAUGCUUUGGAAAUUCGUUUCUCCUAGUAAAUUCACCCGGCUGCUUAUAUUUCAUAUAAAACGACUGUUCAAUAACACGCCUACUGCUUUGUACGCAUUUGAUUUCAA